UUAGUUCCUUCAAGCUUCCUCAUCCUAUGAAGCACCCUCUCUAAAGUCGACCCAAAAGACGAAGCUAGCACUUGCUUAGCAGAUCGCCGACUCGAUUUCCCAUUGUUCAGUAGUUUCUACAGGCAGUACAAAUUGACGGAAGGCACUGCUGAAAAAAGGUUUCAAUGGCGACGUCUGAAGAGAAUAGUGCAUUGUUCCCAAUCUUUAUUUUGACAAUAAUGGCACUGCCUUUAGUGCCUUAUACAAUUCUUAAGCUCUGCCGUGCCGCUUCAAAGAAGGCAAAGAUUAUACAUUGCCAGUGUUCUGAAUGCUCCCGUUCAGGGAAGUAUCGCAAGUCAAUAUUCAAGCGGAUAGCAAAUUUCUCCACAUAUAGCAACUUGACACUAGUACUUCUUUGGAUCUUCAUGUUCGUAUUGGUCUAUUACAUUAAAAAUAUAAGCCGCGAGAUUCAAGUCUUUGAGCCGUUUAGUAUUCUGGGACUGGAAACUGGGGCUUCGGAUGUGGAUAUAAAGAAGGCAUACAGGAGACUUUCUAUCCUAUACCAUCCAGAUAAAAAUCCGGAUCCAGAGGCCCACAAAUAUUUCGUGGAGUUCAUAUCUAAGGCUUAUCAAGCUUUGACAGAUCCAAUAUCCCGUGAGAAUUAUGAAAAAUAUGGCCAUCCAGAUGGCAAGCAGGGGUUUCAAAUGGGAAUUGCACUCCCUCAAUUCUUACUAAAUAUCGAUGGGGCAUCUGGUGGGAUACUUUUACUGUGGAUUGUUGGAGUUUGUAUUAUCUUGCCUUUGGUAAUAGCCGUUAUAUAUCUUUCAAGGUCGUCCAAAUACACUGGAAACUAUGUCAUGCGUCAGACACUUUCCACAUAUUAUUACUUCAUGAAGCCUUCUUUGGCACCAAGCAAAGUAAUGGAUGUCUUCAUUAAGGCAGCUGAGUAUGUGGAAAUGCCAGUUCGUAGGACUGAUAAUGAUCCUCUUCAGAAGAUAUUUGGACUAGUUAGGAGUGAGUUGAAUCUUGACCUUAAGAACAUUAAACAAGAGCAGGCGAAGUUUUGGAAGCAACAUCCAGCCCUUGUUAAAACACAAUUGUUGAUCCAAGCUCAAUUAACUCGUGAAUUUGCCAACUUGCCUCCACCCUUGGACAGUGACUUUAAACAUGUGCUGGAACUUGCUCCUCGCCUUCUUGAAGAAUUAAUGAAGAUGGCACUGAUCCCACGGAACGUCCAAGGACAAGGAUGGCUACGUCCUGCAACUGGGGUCAUUGAGCUCUCACAAUGUAUCAUUCAGGCUGUUCCUCUUAGUUCAAGAAAGGCCACUGGAGGAUCCUCCGAUGGUAUUGCACCAUUUCUACAGCUGCCGCAUUUCAGCGAGGCUGUUGUCAAGAAGAUAGCCCGUAAGAAAGUGAGAGCGUUUGAGGACCUUCAGAAGCUGACUCAAGAAGAGCGUGCCGAGCUGCUUGCGCAGGUGGGUGGUUUCUCGCCGGCUGAAGUACAAGAUGUUGAAACGAUGCUGGAAAUGAUGCCUUCCGUUACAGUUACUAUCUCAUGUGAAACAGAAGGUGAAGAGGGUAUCCAAGAGGGUGAUACUGUCACCAUUCAAGCUUGGGUGACACUCGAACGCCGUAAUGGGCUGGUGGGUGCUCUCCCACAUGCUCCCUACUACCCCUUUCACAAAGAAGAAAACUUCUGGUUCCUACUUGCAGACCCAAACUCGAACAAUGUUUGGUUUUACCAGAAGGUUAGUUUCAUGGAUGAGGCUACGGCCAUAACUGCAGCUUCCAAGGCAAUCGAAGAACAAAUGGAGGGAUCUGGAGCAAGUGUGAAGGAAACUAGUGCUGCAGUUAGGGAAGCGGUAGAAAAGGUAAAAGCGGGAUCGAGAUUGGUUCUAGGCAAGUUCCAUGCCCCAGCUGAGGGGAACUACAAUUUGACUUGUUACUGCCUGUGUGAUUCUUGGAUUGGUUGCGAUAACAAGACAAAUCUGAAAUUGAAGAUAUCAAAACGAACCCGUGCGGGUACCCGUGGUGGCUUUAUUGCAGAAGAAGGACCAAGUAUGGAGGAUGGAAUUGAAGAGGAAGAGGAAAAUGAUGAAGAAGAAUAUGAUGAUUACGAGAGCGAGUACAGCGAAGACGAAGCUGAUGAACAAAAUGUGAAAAAGAAGGGCCCUGUUGCCAAUGGAAAAGCGCAUAAACAGCAGAGUUCAAGUUCAGAAGGCUCUGGUUCUGAUGAUGAAUGAAAAACAAUUCUGUUUUUUUUUAGUGAGACAACAACCCAAACCUCUUUCCCCUCCCUGCCCUACCACAUGAUAGUGCAUUAGAAUUUUGUUCUCUAUAUACCACUUUAGAAGUUUUACGGUAAUGAGAUUGACUUUAAUACAGAAUAUGCACGAGUUUCGAAUCAUAUUUAUUAUCCUUUUUUU